AUGGUGAACGAACGACGGGAUUACAUCAGUGUCGUGGUCCUUUUUGUUGUUAAUCUCAUCAACAAUAUUGAUAGAUACACAAUCGCAGGAGUGUUGCCUGAUGUUCAAACAUAUUAUAACAUUGGUGACUCAAUGGGCGGUAUGAUACAGACCGUAUUUUUGAUCUCGUUUAUGAUUGGAUCCCCAAUUUGUGGAUAUCUUGGUGACAGGUUCAACCGGAAAUAUGUGAUGCUAGUGGGAAUGGUGAUCUGGCUCAUUUGUGUUUGUGUUUCAACAAUGAUCCCAGGACAUCUUUUCCCGGUAUUUCUUGUAUUCCGAUCUUUGGUUGGAAUUGGGGAGGCAAGUUAUGUGAACAUCUGCCCGACGAUGAUUAGUGACAUGUUCACUUCGGAUAAACGGACUCGAGUGUACAUGCUUUUUUACUUGGCUGUACCGGUUGGAAGUGGUCUUGGUUACAUCAUCAGUUCUAACGUUGCCGAAGCCACCGGAUCAUGGCAAUGGGGAGUACGAGUCACCGGAGCAGCAGGUGUCAUUGCUCUUCUUGCUCUGAUUUUUUUGGUUUAUGAGCCGGAACGUGGUGCAGCAGAUAAGCUAGAAGGAAAAACGGCUGUUAGGCAGACAACAUCUUACUUGAAAGAUUUGAAAAUUUUGUUGAGAUGCCCAACAUAUGUUGUCACCACUGUGGCCUAUACGGCCCUAAUUUUUGUGAGUGGAACUCUAACAUGGUGGAUGCCAACUAUUAUCGAGUAUUCUGCAGCUUGGACUAGAGGAUAUACAAGUAUUAAAAAGCUCCCGGACGAUUUUAAAACUCAAACUAACAUCAUAUUCGGUCUUCUUACAACCGCUUGCGGUAUUGUUGGAGUUUUAAUCGGAAACUUGAUUGCACAAUGUUUCUUAUAUGGUUGGCUUGGUGCAUGGAGUAAGACCAAACGUGCUCAUUCGAUUGGUGCUGGUUGUGGAGCUCUUCUUGCAACACCGUGUCUAUUUGUGUUGUUCACUUGUGGUCAUAGUAGUGAAAUACUGACAUGGGUGUUGGUUGGACUUUCUAUUACUGGACUUUGUUUCAACUGGAGUUUGAAUGUAGAAGUUUUUAAUCAAGUUGUUGCACCUGAAAGAAGGAGUACUGCAUUUUCAUAUGUGACAAUGAUCUCUCACAUGUUUGGAGAUGCAUCUGGACCAUAUAUUAUUGGAGCGAUUUCCGAUGAUAUCAAAUCUAGCCAUGUGGAUUCUCCGGAAUGGGAUUAUAAGUCUUUGGCUUAUGCUUCCAUGGUGGCUCCUUGUAUGAUGACCCUUUCUACGAUACUUUAUUUCACAGCUGCACUGCUUUUCCAACGAGAUGCAGAUAAGUUGGAGAGGGAAAUGAAAAGCAAGGAAAAUGAUGAUAAAGAAACGGUGUAUUCAAUCGACAUCUGGGGUGAAGAUACUCUCAACCAGACGUCGAAAUUCUGA